UCUAGCAGGAAUCUUCUUUCCCGCAACUUGAAGCCAUUGUUUCUCCGGAAGAGGAGAAAACAAGCUUGCUUAUCUUCUCUAUGAUAGCCCUUUGGAUACCUGAAGAUUGCUAUUACUUGGCGCAAAGCAGGCGGCUCCCAGGGCCAAAGUGUUGCGGCGCAUCCUGGCGAGCGCCUGCGAGGCUCCCCCGCCCCGGAAAAACCAACGCCGUGGGAGUGGAGAGGGACGGCGCUCGCAGAGCUUCGGCGGGGCUGGGGAGACUUUUCUCUCUGCCUGGAACAGGAAGGUCGGAGAGGAGGCAGGCGGGAAGGCGCGCGACGCGCGGAUGAAGGGAGCCCCUCCGGGGACCAGGCGCCCUCCUGACCGCGCGAAGCCCUUGGGGAGCCGAGCGGGCGCUGUCAGCUGAUGGGCGCGCCUCGGCGUAGGAGCAAGACAGCGGACUCAGAGGAGGAGGAGGAGGGCGGCUUCCCUUUGCUGCUGCAGCGCAGCCGCUGGAGCCGCAGAGCAGACGCCCCGCAGAUGCGGCAAACUCCGACACAGAAUUUGGAAUCUCUCACAAAUAUUUCCUUAGUGUGUAUCCCGGGCCUUCACCUGCUGGAUCGAUGCUUCACAAACCAGGAGUGUGACCGAGCUCUGGAGCCUGAAAUACUAUUGCUAUUAUCAUUACUUAUUAAAAGCAUAUCACCACCCACCAGUCGAUAUUCUCUGGGAGGUUUGCAAACCAGGCAGUAUUAAAGCUAUAACAAAUACCACUUAAAAAUUGACAAUAAGGAAUGCAAGACAGCAGCCAAAAUGGAAAUCCUGCAUUUCCUGGCAAUGAAGAUUUCAUAAACAGAUCCCAGUUCAGGUGACAAGCCAGGAUAAGUCACAACAGCCUAACUGAUAAACUGUGGAUUGAAUAAAAAACCUGGCAACCAAUGAACAAUGGUUUUUCCUUAACUAUAUAACCUGGGGGAUAACGAGGAGACCACCUUUUACAACCAGGAGAAACAUUUCACUCCACCUUGCCUUCUGAAACUUUCUACUGCUCAUCCUUGCACAAUGGAUUGGUGCCCCAACUUCACCUGCUUCUCAGUCACUACUUCAGCAGAAUCCAACCGGACGGGCUCCAGCUCCCUCCUGGACCACCCUGGUGCCCGUGGAUCCUUGUCUAUCUUUAGCGUCCUCGUCUUGACUCUGUUGGCCAUGUUGGUGAUUGCCACUUUCCUCUGGAACGUGCUGGUUCUGGCAACCAUAUUGCGUGUCCGCACUUUCCACAGGGUUCCUCACAACCUGGUGGCGUCCAUGGCCAUCUCGGAUGUGAUGGUGGCCGCCUUGGUGAUGCCUCUCAGCCUGGUCCACGAACUGUCCGGGCGGCGCUGGAGGCUGGGGCGGAUCCUGUGCCAGGUGUGGAUCUCCUGCGAUGUGCUGUGCUGCACGGCCAGCAUCUGGAAUGUCACGGCCAUCGCUCUGGACCGCUACUGGUCAAUCACUCGCCACCUAGAGUACACCCUGAGGACCCGCCGGCGCAUCUCCAACAUUAUGAUUGCUCUGACGUGGAUCCUGUCGGCCAUCAUCUCUCUGGCUCCGGUGAUCUUUGGCUGGGGGGAGACUUAUUCGGAGGGCAACGAAGAAUGCCAAGUCAGCCAGGAGCCUUCUUACACCAUCUUCUCUACCUUUGGGGCUUUUUACCUGCCCCUCUGCGUGGUGCUCUUUGUCUACUGGAAAAUCUACAAGGCAGCCAAGUUUCGCAUUGGAUCCCGGAAGAGCAACUCCAUCACUCCUAUAACACCUGAAGCCCUGGAGGUGAAGGAAGCCUCCCAGCAGCCGCAGAUGGUGUUCACCGCCCGGCAUGCCACGGUCACCUUCCAGACGGACGGAGACACGUGGAGGGAGCAGAAAGAGAAGAGAGCUGCCCUUAUGGUGGGCAUCCUCAUCGGGGUGUUUGUGCUGUGCUGGAUCCCCUUUUUUAUCACAGAACUCAUCAACCCCCUCUGUUCCUGUGACAUACCCCCGCUCUGGAAAAGCAUUUUCCUUUGGCUCGGCUAUUCCAAUUCUUUCUUCAACCCUCUGAUCUAUACGGCCUUCAACAAGAACUACAACAACGCUUUCCGGAACCUCUUCUCCAGGCAGCAGUAAGCGAGGAGGGCAAAGGAAGAAGGAAGGCCUUUCUAAAAACUUUCCCCUUCCCUACAUUACUUAAAGAGACAUAGCAGCGGCGGGGGGGGGGGCUCCUUAAAGGCACAUGAGGCCUUUCCAGAUGAUCAGUUUAUAUCACAAUAAAUGCUCAAUUGUCA